GGAGGCGGUGCCGCUCGGUCCCCGCUGCCGGCGCUGGCGUCGUGCGGCCCCGGCCGCCAUGGAGGUCGUGAGUGCGGCGGGGCAGGUGGGCGCCCUGUGUGUGGCCGUGAUGCUGGGGCUCAUCGUGGUGCCCUCAGCGCUGGGCAUCUCUCUGGGCAUCUCCGAGGCCUAUAUGUGGGUGCUGGUGAAGACGCUGGAGUGGGCCACUACCCGGCUACAAAAAGGUGUCAAAAAGCCACAACCGCAGACGUCACAGACUUCUACUUCUAAUGGUAUCAUUGAAAGGGAUGAAACGCCUAUGGAGGUAGAAAUUGCCCGCCUGCAUCGAGCAGACUUCGAAUUCUCCCACAUUUUCUACUUCUGCAGAAAAGGAUUUGAGGCCAUUGUGGAAGAUGAGGUCACUCAACGGUUUUCCUCCGAAGAGCUGCUUUCCUGGAAUCUGCUCACAAGGACUAAUGUGAACUUCCAUUACAUUAGCCUGAGGCUGACUAUUGUGUGGGUCAUUGGGGUGAUAGUGCGGUACUGCUUCCUGCUGCCCCUGCGCAUUACCCUUGCUACCAUUGGGAUUACGUCAAUGAUUGUGGGAACAACAAUGGUGGGACAGCUGCCAAACGGCAGUGUGAAAAACUACCUGAGUGAAGUGGUUCACCUCACGUGCUCCCGCAUCCUCGUCAGAGCUCUGUCUGGUACUAUCCGUUAUCAUAACAAGGAAAACAGACCUCAGAAAGGAGGAAUUUGUGUUGCCAACCACACGUCACCGAUAGAUGCGAUCAUUUUGACAAAUGAUGGAUGCUAUGCAAUGGUUGGCCAGGUUCACGGUGGGCUGAUGGGCGUUAUCCAACGAGCCACAGUCAAGGCCUGUCCUCAUGUCUGGUUCGAGCGCUCCGAGAUCAAGGAUCGCCAUCUAGUGACAAAAAGACUCAGGGAACACGUGGCAGAUAAAACCAAGCUCCCGAUCUUAAUUUUUCCAGAAGGCACCUGUAUAAACAAUACAUCCGUGAUGAUGUUCAAGAAAGGGAGCUUUGAAAUAGGAGGGACAAUCUAUCCUGUUGCAAUCAAAUAUGAUCCUCAGUUUGGGGAUGCUUUCUGGAACAGCAGCAAAUACAACAUUGUGAGCUAUCUGCUGCGAAUAAUGACCAGCUGGGCCAUCGUUUGYAAUGUGUGGUACUUGCCACCAAUGGUUAGACAGGAAAAUGAAGAUGCUGUUCAGUUUGCCAACAGAGUGAGGUCAGCCAUUGCUCGCCAAGGAGGAUUGACUGAACUCCCCUGGGAUGGAGGUCUGAAACGAGCRAAAGUCAAAGAUACUUUCAAAGAAGAACAGCAGAAAAACUACAGCAAGAUGCUAGUGAGAAAUGGAUCAACAGAAAGCAUGUGCACAGGAACUGAGUCAGACUGAAUGGUGGUUUUUGAAAACUAACUUUGCACAACCAGCCUUAGCAGGAAUAAUGUGGGUUUUUUUUUAAUUUAAAAAAAAAACCUGACAAAAAGUAGAGCAAGAAAACAACAAAGUCCUUCAUUUCGUGUAUGCAUAUUCUCUGUGWGGCUGGUGCAGAGCCUGCCAAGGGCAGUGUCACUGUGUUCCUCCCCGUUCACUCUCACUCUCCUGUCCCUCUCCAUCUUCGUGUGAUGAUGCGCUGCAGCUCCUGGUAUUCCCAAGCUGAAUGCCUGCAGAGUUUGGAGAUGAAAAAAAAACCCACCCCAGUUUCUCUGAGUUUGUAAGGAUGAAAGGAAGUACACUGAACAGAUGCUGUCAGGACACUGGUUGUGAAGAUACCUCUUGUUCAUGGUACUUUAAAGGUUUAAACAUAAGAAAAUUUUGUCUUUUUCUUUUUUUCCUGUUGCUCACAGACUUUUUGUUGUAGAUGRCUUAAAUAACAUGUUUUAGGAUGUUGUCAGAACUGUAAGAUUGACUCUUUGUUAACUUGCACCUGGAUAUGCAAGGAGGGAAUGGAAGCAAGGGCUGCAGAGAYUCUACCAGAUGGGAAAGGAGCUGCCCUGCCAAAAGCACAGAUCAUGGACCAUGAGGAAUUUGGUGGCCUUAUAUAACAUGGUUUUGCCUUUAUUGAGAACUGCUGCCUGAGGGAAGAUGAGGGGCAAGUCCUUAAUCUCCCUGUCCACUGCUAUUGUUGAAAUUGCUUUCUUGAGCUCUGGGUAUGGAAAGGUAAGGUAGAGUAAGGAUCAGAUAAUGUAGGCUGUGACAGAUGAAUUUUUUGGAUUGUCAAGAGUACCCAUCUGCAAAAAAUACUGCUAAUGGCCUAAAGUUCUCAAGAGAGCCACUCCAGAAACACRUUUUGUGUUUUCUGGGGUAGCAACAGCUAUCACAACUAUAAACAUAGGAUCURUAAGUCACCUAUGAUACAAGACAUGGCAUGUCCAAAUCUUCAAUAUAUUGCUGUCUGAAUGUAAUGAGAAAUAAAUUCUAUAUUUCUAA